CCUCACCUGUCCCAUGUACCAGGUCCCAUGGCGCCCCCAGCAGGCCGAGGUCCUUCUUGUUCCUCACACUUCCGCUUUGUGGGUUCGUGAGUCCGACUCUCUUUUCAGGUUUUGACAACCAUCACGCCGACAGGGAUGCUCAAUUCCCACCCGGAACACACUUCCGCUCACCUCGUUCUCUCUCUCAGAACACACUUCCUCUUAAUCCACCAAUCAUACUGACAAUAAGUGAUAUCCAGUGAAGUAUGGCCGAGGCGUCUCCGGUGUCACUCAUGCUCCUCUACGCAGUCGUCUUCAGCUUUCACUGGAGCUGCUCCACGCGCACGGAAUCACACAUCUUCUUGUUCCGCUUCUGGUUCUUCAGUAGUGGAUCUGACCGAGUGCUGACCUUUGCUUCAUAGUGACGCCAUGUUACACGGAAGAUGAUGUCAGAGGUGUUCUACAGCGAUGACGUCACGGGGGAGCGAGGGUCUGUCCCCCUGGACAUUGACAACGUCCACAUGCUGCUGCAAGUGGAGCAAGAGCAGAUCCAGAAGAGGACCUUCACCAACUGGGUCAACGCCCAGCUGGCAAAGAGGAGGCCUCCGUGCAUGGUGGUGGAUCUCUUCAACGACUUCCGCGAUGGAUCCAAGCUGUUGGACCUGCUGGAGGUGAUGAGCAACCAACGCAUCAGCCGCGAGCGAGGAAGAGGAACUUUCCAGCACAGGAGCAACAUUGAGAAGGCCCUGGCCUUCCUCAGGCACAAAUCAAUCAAACUGGUCAACAUCAACGUUCCCGACAUCAUCGAUGGCAAACCUUCCAUCAUCCUGGGCCUCAUCUGGACCAUCAUCCUGCAGUAUCACAUCGAGGAGCUGGCCAGCGCACUAUCCUUCAACUCCCGUCAGUCCUCCAUGGAGUCCCUGGCCAGUCUGGACUCUCGCUCCACGUGGUCCAGCCGCUCAGCCAGCAGCAGUCCCGUCCCCUGCCGAGGCUCGCCCCUCCACGCCCGCUUCAGGGUGUCAGCCAAGAAGGCCCUUCUUCUGUGGGUCCGCGAGCAGUGCCACAGGGCCGGCUGUUCCGUCAACGUCAAGGACUUCAAGGGCAGCUGGCGGAGCGGCCUAGUUUUCCUUGCCAUCUUGUACGCCCUCAGGUCCGACCUGGUGGAUCUAUCCAAAGCCAGAAGCAGGAGCAACAAGCAGAACCUGGAGGAGGCCUUCUGUGUGGCCGAGAGAGAGCUGAGGAUCCCGCGGCUGCUGGAACCCGACGAUGUGGAUGUUCGAGAGCCCGAUGAGAAGUCCAUCAUGACCUACGUGGCCCAGUUCCUGCAGUAUUCCAGAGACCUGCCCAUCCCCGAGGAGGACGUGCAGACCCAAUACUUGACUCCUCCAAAAGCUCCUUCUCCUCUCAGCCUCCCUGUGCACUAUACGCCCGCUAUCUCUGCUUCGCCACUGCGCCAGGCGACACCCGAGCGUAAAGCACAGGAAGUGUCGUGCUGGCUGCUUCAGGCCUACGAUGAGCUGCUGGAGGGCUGGGACUCCACCGAGGGCGAGAGCUACUCGGAACGUUACCACGUGUUCCAGACCUUUCUGGUGUCCUUCAAUGAGCAGCGGCGCCCCAUCAUGCCCCUGCUGACCGCCAUGAGACGAAGCGCCAAGCUGAGUGAGGAGCAGCGAGCCCUCAGGGAGGCGUGGGACGCCCUCACGGAGAAGCUACGGGACUACAAAAUAGAGUUAGACGUGAGGCUACCGCCACCUCUGGACAUGGUGGCACGCUGGCUGCUGAGAACCGAGGAGGUCCUGGCCGAGGAAGACGCUGACCCCCUGGACCAUGGCCGGGCUGCGGACGAAGCCAAGGAGAAACAGGAGCAACUUAAGGUCUGCCUGGAAGAGAUGCCCCAGCAAGUGAAGACUUUCCAGGCCUUCCAGAACCAGGAUGAUUACGGAAACAUGUUGGUCCCUACUGAGAAGAUGGAAGAGCUGAAGAGAAGGUUCACCGGCAUACGGGUGACGGCCAAGUACCAUGGCAUCAAGCUGGAGUACCGUGAGGACCGUCACACGGUUUUGGAUCUGCUGGGCCAGAUCAGGACAAAAGUGCGUCUGUGGAAGAGGCCUUAUCUUUCUCCAGAGGCUGUCAGAGUGCUGCUGCAGGAAUGGCAUGAGCUGGUGAACACCCAAGAGCUACCUUCCAUGUUGGAAGCAGCUCUUCAUAAGUUGAAGCUGGUUGCUGAGAAAUACGCAAGCAAGUCUGCCCUGGCUGCAGACUACCACCAUGUUUGUCAACAAGUGACGCAGCUCUCGGAGGACACGGCGGCGGUCCUGGUGGAGGUCACCUCAGCCAAGAGCACCAUGGGACGGACUUUGACUGCUUGGGACUCCUACAGCGACGGGAUCAGCUCCAUGCAGGCGUGGCUAGAGCAGAGUUCAGCCCGCCAGAGCUACGAUCCUCCAUCAAAGGUGACAUCCGAAUCCCUGGAUGAGUGGAGAUCCCGACAGGCUCACCUGAACGAGGUGGCGAACUUCCUGAUAGAGUCGAGCGACCCACACACCAGCAAGAGCCUGGCAGAGGAGCUCCACAAGCUCAAUGUGAACUGGACCAAAUGCAUCCAGACAAAUGCCUUGGACAGCACAGAUGAGUCUAAUGCUGGGAUCAAGACCAGACCUGAAGACCUCCAGGCUCUGGUCAGGGAGGCCAGUCUUCUACUCAAAGAGCCUCUUGACACAAUGGCAGGUCCUUUACGCAUCUACAGAAAAAGAAUGCAGUUCUUACUGAGGAAGAUAAAGGAAGUUGAUGAGGAACCUCCUGAUUCAUCUUCGGAAGGUCCAGUUGAUAAGUUCCAGAAACUGAAGAUGGCCAUGCCUCAGACCCAGCAGACUCUGUGCCAAGCAGAGCAAGUGUGUGCGGAGUUGCAGCACAGUGUCUCAGGUCUGGACAGUCGUCUGGCUGAGCUAUUACUCUGGGAGACUGAGGCUAGGGACCUCUACCAGCUGCUGAGGGCCACAGAGCGACAGCAGCGGAGAGGCCAGGAUCCAAGAGCUCGGGUCCUGAUAUCUCGUGGGCUCCAGUUGGAGGGUCAGGUGGUGACAGAAGAUCAGGACCUUCAAGUAUUAAUAAUGAAACAUCAGAAGAGCUCCCCCAUUCAGUACCUCCAUGCGUCCACCAUGCAAGAGCGUGUGAGGGCGGCGGUGGCUCAGUCGCAGGAGGCGGUGGGUAUGCUGAGCAGCUUGGGAGCCAGAAGAGACAGAAGCAGGAGCCCCACAAGGGAGCCCCCAUCCAAAGUCUUCAUUCAGGCUAAAACCAAGCCCCACCAUCUAAGACAGUCUGACACUGGACCACCAGUCCAGGAGUGGGCUACCUUGCCGGAAUGUCAUCCCUCUCAAGAAGUAUUUGUGCCAAAGAUAGUGGUGCAGGAAUACGGAGAAGAAGGGAGAAGUUCACCUCCACUGUCAUUUAGUUCUAUACAAGCAGCCAUGCAGACCAGGCCACCACCAGCAGAAGGCCAUUCUCAGGCCUGGACAGUAGUGACGGGACAGCAGCAGCAGACUGUGGAGGACACCCCGAUACAGCAGCAGGAACUUAGAAGACCAAAGCCACAAGAGCCCAAGUAUCAGCAACUGCAAAUAGAAGUACGAGAAGAACAAGAGAUGAUUAAGAAAGAGACACAAGUAUGGAAAGAUGAGCGGCCGGUGGAGAUUAAGGAAGUGGAGCAGUACGUCCAGGUCAUGCCGCAGACAACUGCAGGACAGGAGCCGAUGUCACCAGCAAAGAAACCUCUCAACUCACAAGAACUUCAAUCCAAAAAGGCCCAGGCUUUGAAGAACCGCCCCUGGCUUCAAAGACCACUAGAACAUGAACAUCAAAGUCCAAAUAAGGUUUCUGCUCAAGAACCAGUUCAGGCUACGCAGACACAGACAAAUAAAGACAUAAUGGGUUCCAGCGAGGUUGCUCCUCACCAUACAGGAACCCCCAGGACUCAGCCUGAAACCCAAGACGAGUCGGCUGGUCGGUCAACACAACAGAAGGAACAGCCAAGUGAACAACGGCAGAAACCACAUAUGCCAAUUGUAGCAGCACAGCCGGAUAAAGACACACCAGAUGAUCCAGUAGAUCUUCCUCUUCGGCAAGCAAAGGUCAAAAGUCAGCCCCCAGCCGAAACGAGGUCUCAGGUUCAGCUACAGCCUCCGACCCAUGGCCAAGUUUUAGCUCAAGGGCCGACCUGGGCUCAAGUCACACUUUUAUCUCCCAGGCAGGCUCCUCCCCUGCAGGAUCAAAUUCAGCCGCCUGUCCCUUCCCACAUUCAGCUUCGGAGUCACCCACAGUCCUGGUCCCCUGUCAGGCCGCCCUCCCCUAAACCACCAGCACAGAUACAAAGUCAAACCCAAGAAAUUGCUCACUCUCAGAGACAUCCUCAUUCGACUCAGCCGGACAACCAAGCGACGCUUCAACUUCAAAGUCAUUCUCACCCAGAGACCCAAACUACAAUCUAUGAGGUUCCGCACCAAACCGCUGCUGCACCCAUGGCUUCUACACCCAUGGCUCCUGCACCCAUGGCUCCUACACCCAUGGCUCCUACACCCAUGGCUCCUACACCCAUGGCUCCUACACCCAUGGCUCCUACACCCAUGGCUCCUACACCCAUGGCUCCUACACAAACCCAGCUCAUGCCACAGACAGGGACCCAGCCCCAAACCAAACCUCAACCCACGGCCAAGAUUCAACCAAAUGCUCAGCCAAAGACCACGCCUGACAACCAAGCACAAAACUUAAUUCAGCAUCAGAGUCUUUCUCAUCCACAGACCCAGACCCAAACCACUGCCAAGUCAAUGAAUCAACCCCAACUCAGUCCUGGAUUCAUGGCCCAUGAGCCCAAAAAAUCCCAAGCAAAGACACAACCUCAAAGGUAUGCUCAGCCAAUGGUCCAAACUCCUGAGCCCACAGCGGGGGUUCAAACACAUCCUAUGGCAAAGGUUCAGUCCCAGUCCCAGAAGCACGUUUACUCUGCAACACAAUCACAAGCCAAAACUGAGACUGUGCCCCAGAUUCAAGCACCAACUCAAUCUCCAUCACAGCCUCAAACCCUUGCCCAUUCAAAACCUCAACCAGGUCUGACACAACCUUUGAAACAACACCACCCUCAAGGUCAACCGGUAGUCCAGCCUCAUGGUCCCCCUUUGGCUCAAUAUCACACAAUGUCUCAGUCAGCAGUCCAACACCAAGACCAUAUUGCCCCGGGCCACCUUGCCGCUUGGACCCAUGGUAGCAGCUCCUCCUCAGGGUCCAUGAAACAUCCACAGGCUCCGGUGCAACCCCAGGUUUACCCUCAAAAUGACCCCACGGCUCAGCAGUGGACACAAAAUAAAGACACUGUCCAGCAAAGGCAUCACAUUUCCCAAACAUAUACUCAGCUAACGGGUCAAGUGUUGCAGUCUCAGGCUCCACAAGCACCACAGUGGGCUCAAGGGGGUCCGCAAAGACCUCAAAUGGGGCCCACAGGGUAUUCUAACAUGGCACAAUCAUAUAAUCAGUCUCAGAUGCAGAUACACUCACACGCUCAACUCCAGACUCCAACAAUAUCCCAAACAAGACCCCCAAGUCAACAACAGACGCACAUGCAAGCGUUUGAUGCGACUCCAAUGCAGACACAACCAGGCCUUAGUGGGAAGCAGGUGUGGAUGCAGGUACCCCAUCAUUUCCAGUCCCACCCUUCUUACCCCCAGGGUCAGCAAUAUCCACCCGCUGAACAUCAGCCCCAGACUAAUAUCCGUGCUCAGAUACCUCAACAACUACAUCAUACCAAUCUUCAGUACCUUCAACCUCAUGGGCAGGACCAAGCCCAACCUCACAUCAAGACACAUUCACAAGCACAACCACAGAUCCAUCUGACCCAGCAAAAUCCUCCGCUCCAACAGAUCCCUCCCUUCAGACCGAUAGCUCAGACACCAAACCAACCCCAGGCUCAAUCGCUGUCACGAUAUAUGCCUGAACCACCUCCAGCACCCCGACCCAAAAUGCCAUCACCAACUCAAACCAUGGUUCAUUCGCUACCGCAAUGUAGACCUGAACCACAGAUUCCACCACACCCUUCAGUUCAGUCACCCGCCCAACCCAAGGCCCAGUCACUGCCCUUAUAUCAACCAGAACCCCAGCCAGCUCCUCAACCCAAGACCCAGUCACUGCCCUUAUAUCAACCAGAACCGCAGCCAGCUCCUCAACCCAAGGCCCAGUCACUGCCCUUAUAUCAACCAGAACCACAGCCAGCUCCUCAACCCAAGGCUCAGCCUUCCACUCAAACCAAGGCUCAAUCGUUGAAACAAUAUAAACCCGAAACCCAAAUAGCGGCACAUGUUCCACAACCCCAGCCAGCUCCUCAACCCAAAGUUCAACCUUCCACUCAAACCAAAGCUGCUCCUCAACCCAAAGUUCAACCUUCCAGUCAAACCAAGGCUCAAUCAUUUCCACAUUGUAUUGCAGAACCCCGACCACCCCAGCCGGCUCCUCAACCCAAUUUGGCAUCAACUCAAAGUAAAAGUCAAUCCCUGCCACCCCAGCCGGCUCCUCAGCCCAUACAGUUCUCACCAACGCAAGGCAGUGUAAAAUCAAUACCAGAACCUUCACCUGAACUCAAGAUUCAGUCACCAGGACCUGAACCCGAGUCUCAAUCGCAGUCACAGACCACUGUCCAGAUUCCCCCUCCUUCCCAGUCCCAUCCUCCAAUUCAAUCCACUCCACAAUACACACAAAAACCAUUCCAAGCGAUUGUCCAUUCCCAGGUCUGUGUGUCGCCUCAAUCCCAAGCAGAGUCACCAGACCUGUGCUUCACACCUCCGGUCCUUGCUCAAGCACCCCCCCAAGCGUACUCAGAGGCCUAUGCUAAAGCCCAGGCUUUGGCUAGGAACGGCUUUGAGGAGGCUAAGCACUGCCUGCAGGGCCACAUCCUGGAGGCUAUCACGAUCUUCAAAGAGAAAUGUAUACCGGACCAGCAAGCAUCGCUCACAGAAACUCUGAAAACCCAGGAUCCAGAAUUACUGGAGGAAUUUCUGAGAGCAGCCAAAGGCAUGGAAGCCUUUUGUACACCUUCACAGCUAAAGGACAUGGAGGUCUUCACUCAGUCUGUCAGGUCUCAGUGGGAGUCUUGCUUCUCCUCGGCGGGAAGCUUUGCCCAAGCAAGCCACCAGCUGGAGGCCUUAAAGGAGCUGUGUGACAUGCUGAGUCCCGAGGAUGCUCAUCGCCUUGCCCACACUCAGCUGAGGGAGUGCGAGAGCAGCCUGGCUGCCAUCCAACGCCAGUUCAGUGGAGACCAGGAGGCUCCUCUGCCUGAUUCAAGGACUCCUGCUGGAUUUGGUGUGGAUCAGACCCUACAAAAAGAAACUAAUGGAAAACCUCAAAUCUCAUCUGAGGUGUCUCAAAUAAAACUCCAAACAGCAACUGUGGAGCAAAAAGAGGUGAAAAAGCAGCCCCCCUUUGGGGAAGAAGUCAUCAAAAAGGAAGCCUUGGAGAGAUACGAUAACUUCAAGAAGUCUCUGCAAGUCCAGCUGUCGAAAAACGAACAGAGCAUCAAUGAGGUUCCAUCAGACUCUGUGACCCUAAAAGGUCUUCACUCACGCCUCCAGGAAAUACAGUUCUUGAGGCAAGAGACAGAAUCUUUGUGGUCAGAGUUUGCCAACCAGUGCUCCCAGUUGAGUGGAGACGAUGGUGUGGAGCAGGAGAAACUGGAGCUUGAGGAUCAGUGGCGGGCCCAACAGUCCAACCUUCAGAGGAGAGGAAGCUCGCUGGGUGCCGCCCUCAGACAGAUUGACUCGACAGAGAACCACAUGGUGGAUUUCAGCGAGCGCCUGGACCGCUACCUGAGACAACCCAAGGACGUCACUGCCUUCACGUUGUCAAACACCAACAUCCUGAAGGACAUCAAGGAACUGGAUGAAAAUAUCCAGAGUGAACUGGAUCAGCUUUCCCGUCUGGAGCCUGAAUCCAGCAACCUGGAUCCCAGAGACUGCUUAACUCUCUCCCGUGAGGUGGAUGCCCACAGAAGCAGCCUGGAUCAGCUCCGCCAACAAGUUCGCAAGAGUGAGGCAGCUGCUCGCGCUCUGGACCGCUUCCUCAUGUCACUCCGCACCUUAGAGGAGGACAUCGCCGGAGUCCAGGGAGUCCAGGGAGUCCAGGGAGUCCAGGGAGCCCCGUGCGGUGAUGCCACCGUCUGGCAGGACCGUCGUGCCAAGCUGACUCUCAUUAGGCAGAGCGUGGACAGUCUGAAAGACAAAGCUCCGCAGCUAGAUCUUCUGCUGCAGGGGGCCCGGCUGACGGUAACCAGGGAUGGUUCUCCUGCAUCCUGCCUGGACAUGGUCAGUGUCCUGCUGAAGAAGCUGGAAGAGGCUGACACUGGACUUGUGGGACAGCAGCAGAUCCACAAGAAGGAAACCCAGAGCAAAUCGUUGGGAUUGAGGAGGAGGGCCCUGUUGGGAGAAGUGAGGAAGCUCCAGGAAGCCAUGGAAGCACGAGGCCUGACGGAGGCCACCGUGCCAGCAGUGCAACAGAGGCUGCGGGCUCUGUCUGAUUUGGAGGACCAGCUGAAGACUCAGAACGCAGAGCUGCAAGGUCUCAGGGAACUUCCUGAAUGUCAAGAUCUCCUUGAGGAACUGGACACCGAAUACAAGCAGGCUGAAACAUCCUUGACGGACAGGAAGCAGCAGUGCAGCAUCCUGCUGGAGCUGCUCAAGACCUUCCAGAGCUGCCGCAGUCAGCUGAGCAACACCAUGCAGAGAGCCGAGCAGACCAUCUCUGAGCACACCUCCUACAUGGGCAAAGACAACCUUCACAGGAUUAUAACCAAGGUCCAGGAUAUUAAGAAGGAGCUGAGUGGCCUCGGUGAGAAGAUGGAUGAGAUCAGGGCCGUUUGUAGGCAGCUGCAGACCACGCUCAAGAAGUUUCCUGACUGCCGGGAGGUUCCGUUUGAAGCUGAGGCUGACACGCUGAUGGACAACUGGCUGGAUAUGACGGAGAAAACAGACAGUUACAUGGACAACCUUCAGGUGGGCUUGGAACUGUGGGACAAGCAGUUGAUGCUGGGAGGAGAGAUCGAUGGCUGGGCGGCCACCAAACUGGCGCUCUUUGCGGAGAGCCACCCCUUCUACAACCACCAGCAAGUCAUGGCCAUGAAGGAGGAGAUCCAAGCCCACGAGGAGAACAUCCAACAUUUCCACAAGAAGUCUGAGGAGAUCCAGGAAAUGCUUGAAAGCCAGGACGCUCCACUGGAGCUACAAGUGAUGGAAACACAGCUGAGGAAGAGGAUGGAGCAGGUGAAGGAGUUGUUUGCAGACUGCACUGACGUGUUUGAGGAGCUGAUGGUGGUGAAGAAACAUCUAGAAGAAAAGAUAGAGGGGUGUCUGGCAGCCAUCGAGAACAUCCAGUCUUCUGUCAGUCAGGUCCAGGCCUCAGAACCAAAGGCGGAGACCCAGAUUCAGGAUUUGUGCGCCAACCUGGAGAAGCAGGAGGAGCAGGCGGAGUCGGUGCUGCGUGAGAUGGCCCUGGUCACCAGUGUGGCCAGUCCCCAGGUGCUGGAGACGCUUUCGGCGGACUGCGGCCGACUGACAGACGCCAUCGCCCGCACCAAAGACAUGAUCCAGCGGAAGAGAGAGGAGCGGCACGAAGGCUUGCUCAAGGUCAUUGAAGAUGAGAGACAGUCAUUUGAGGACUGGUUCCAGGAUCUGCAGUUGGCCGUCAAUGAGUGCUUUGAGAACCCGGAGAGCCGAUCCCAUGUGGAAACAUCUUUGCAAAGACUGACAGGCUCCUUGAAGUCCAACGAUGCCGAACGACGUCUGGACCAGCUGAGAGAGAACCUGGACAGAGGUCGGCAGCAGUUUGAUGAUCAGCAGCUAAGCGAGUUCAGCAACUGGCUACAGGAGCAGCGCGAGGAGGUGCUCACGUUCAAUAGCCACUGUCUGAACCGGCAGAAACAGAUGGAGGCUCUUCACUCAGACUUGAUCAGUCUGCAGACACUCCAUGACAGCUUCCACAACUGGCUGCAGGGAAAAGAGAAAGAAGACAUAACGCCACCUGAGGCCAAACAUCUGCUCAAGGACCUCCAGGACAGGAGCCAAAGAGCAGACGCCCUCGUUGAGCUCCUAGCUUCACUACGCAGGCAGGGCGUCAGAGCGGACAGACUCCUGAAGGACGGAGACAACGUGUUGGAGCGCUACCGGAAGCUGGAGGCCAAGCUAGGAGCACAGGCAGAGGCCCACAGCAAGUUGGAGGCGGAACUGGAGCGGUUUCAAGUCCAAGCUCAGAGCGCCAGAACCUGGUUUAAAGACCUCCUGCAGCCCCUCACCAUAGCAGAGGGAGUCCAGCGGUGCCAGGAGAUGAGCCACAAAGCCGAGGCUGUCCUGACCACAAAAGCCGAUGGAGACUCCAAGGUGAACCAUCUCCGAUGUCAGAGCCAGAGUCUUUGUGAGCAGGAGCAGCUGGAGCCCAGCAGGAAACAGGAAGUCCAGCGCUCGUUCAGAGAUGCGGAGGAGGAGUGGCAGGCUGUCCUCCAGGCGGCUGAGGACGCCCUCAACAAGGCGGAGACGCAAGCUCGCUUAGAUGGAGAAGUGGAUGCUUUCAAAGUCCAGAGCCACAGCUUGCAGACCUGGAUCAGCGACUUGGAGGAGGAUCUCACGUCUCCUGGUGGCUGCACGGAUGAAAAGCUUCAUGACCUUCUGCUUAUCAAACCUGACAUGGAGAUGAAGCUCCAGCAUCUAAAGGGGCGGUGCCAGACCAUGUGCAGCAACGUGGAUUUGGAUGAAGGCUUCCGUCAGGAGGUCCAGGAGACAAUGGGACGCACGGAGGAGCGGUGGAGGAGGGUGACGGCGGCUGUUGAGGAGGUGCAGACUGCAGCCGCCAUGGAGACGGAGAUGGCUGCACUGCGAAGUCGCACAGAGAGGACUCAGACCUGGAUCAGGGAGCUGAGGCACAAGCUCCUGUCGCUCGGGAGCCACAUGGAACUCCAGGAAAGACUCCAAGUUACUCAGGCUGUCAUGGCUGCCCAACCUGAGGGCCAAUCCAAAGUUCUGGACCUGAAGAAGGACGUGGAACAUCUGUUUGAGAAGCUGGAGGAGAACAGGAGACCUGAGGUAGCACAGCUGGUCAAGGACGUGGAGCAGCAAUGGAGGUCUGUCCUGCAGACCUGCAAAGACGCCGAACUGCGAGGUUUUGCUGAUGACUUUGAGGGUCAGCGUAAGAAGACGCAGGCGUGGGUGAGGGAGCAGGAGAGGCAGCUCCAGUCCGUCAGCGUCCAUGCUCCGCUGGAAGAGAGACGCCGCACAGCCCAGGACGUACUGCAGUCCAAACCUGAUGGCGACUGUCAGGUGAACAACCUGAGGAGGCGGGGCCAGAGUCUCUGUGACCGUCAGGAUGUGGAAGAGGGUAAGAAAGGUCAAGUCCAGCAGAUGGUCCGAGACACGGAGGAGCAGUGGAGGAACGUUGUGCAGGCCGCCAGAAAGCUGGAACAGGACGCAGAAGCUGAGCUGAACCAGGAGAUGGAGAGGAGAGAGUUGGAGCUGGCAGAUUUGAAAAGCCUUCAUCUGGAAACCAGCAACUGGCUUUCAGACCUCCAGCAUCAGCUAGGUUCCCUAACCGGUCAAGAUAGACAACACGCCGCACAGACCAUUAUCGGUUGCAAGUCUGAGGCGGAUGCUAAACUCCAGGAGAUGAAGAGACGCUGCCAGGCUUUGGACGCUGACGAGCUGGAGCAGCACCUUCAUCUGCAGCACCUGCAUCUUCAGCAGAUGGUCCAGGACUUAGAGGACCGCUGGACUGAGACCCUCCACGGUGCCAAAGAGAUUGUGGACGCGGCGGAGAAGCAAAGCGCUCUGCAAUGUCAGCUGAGGAAGCACCAGGAGAGCAGGGAGGAAGUCCAAGCCUGGCUGGAAGAAAAGCGACGGGACCUUCAUGCCCUCAACUGUCCCAAAGAUCCUGAAAGGACCAUAAGCACCGCACAGGACAUCCUGAGCUCCAAACCAAACGGAGACUGCCGGCUGGCCGAGCUGAGAAGACAAAGUCGCAGUCUGUGUGACCACGAGGACGUGGAGGACGCUGCCAGACGGGAGUCUGAACAAGCGCUCACAGAUUUAGAGGAGCAGUGGAGGACGUUGCUCCACGAUGCUGAGGACUCCCUGAAGAAAGCAGAGCUUCUGUAUUCACUCUCCAGGGAGCUGCAAGCCUUCUUCAGCCAGGCGGCCAGCACUGGGGCCUUGUUGGAGGAUCUGCACACUCAGCUGGAGACCACCGGGACAGGCACCGAAGGCAGCCAAGUCCAGAUGGAGGACAGACUGAAUACCAUACGGAUCAUCUUGAACUCCAAGUCCAGCGGAGAGACUCGAGUGACGGAGCUGCAAAGGCGUGUGCAGAGUCUGUGUGAACACCAAGAUCUGGAGGAGGACAGCAGGCUGGAGAUCCAAACGCAGCUGAAAAAGCUGGAAGAGCAGUGGCGGACCAUCAUGCAGGCUGCGGAUGAGAGGAGCAGACUACUACAGGGCGUCGUGGACCUCCUGGUGUCCUGUCGGUACCGGCGAGGACAAGCUGAGGCUGGUCUGCAGGAGCUCCAGACACAAAUGUCCAGUCUGCCUCGGGUCUUCCCCUGGCCGGGUCUGGGGGAGCGCAGGCAGGCGGUGGAACAAGCUCGGACCCUGCUGGACAGGAGCGCAGCCCUUGGUCCGCUCCUCGAUGAUCUACACACCCAGGCUGUGGAACUGUCUGAGACCACCCGGGACCCCGAAUGGGCUGAUGCUACCUGGGGGAGCAUGGAGGAGGCCAUCCCAUUUCUUCGCAAGGAGUUGACUGAGGCCCUGGAGAACCUGGAGCAAGGCAUCAUGGCAGAGAGGAGGUGCACACAGCUUGUGGAGCAGCAUGAAGCAGCACAGGACUGGUUGCGAGAGCAAGUGAAAGCCCUGGAAGCUCCUCCAGAUGAUAAACAAGGUCUUCACGGUGCCAUCAACACCCUGAAGGCUUUACUCCAGACCGUGGAUCGGGAGCAGAGAGAGAUGAAGGAGCUGGAUUCCGCCAGAGAUGAUCUGCUCAGCCUCUGUACCCCUGGAGGUCGUGACGCUCUGACCCUGGAGGUCAGCCACCUGCAUGAGCUUUGUGUCACGUCUGAGCUGGACGUGAGGGAGCGCCUGGAGGCCAGCGAGGCCCGCUUGCGGGACCUGGAACGCCAGGCGGCCCAGAGAAACAAGGAGCUGACGGAGAGGGCGGCUGCGCUGCAGGGGGAUCUGCGGUCUCUGGAUCAGGCCCUCGCAUACGACCAACUGCAGGACCACAUUGAGCAGCUCCAGCAGCACUGGAACAGCCUGCAGAAUUGUGCCAAGUCUCUGGAGGAGCUCUGGGUGAAGGUUGAAGAGCUGCAUCAGGAUGUCGGUUCUGCCCAGGAGAUGCCAACAGAAAUAACCACCACUGUCGAGUCUCUUCGCCAGCACCAUGACAGUUUACAGACCAGGCUUAGCGAGCAUCAGCAAAGCUGCUCCACAAACGCUGCUCGCUGUUUGACCGAUUCUCUCCAAGCCCUGCAGGAAUGGAACCACAGCGAGCCGUUAGAGUCCGUAGCAUCAAUGCAGGAGACAGCAGAGGAAGGGGAAAAGAUGCAGGCUGUCCUCCAGGAGGCACUUUGCCAUCAACAGUUUUUGAGUGACUGCCUGAAUCAGGAUAUGUUCCACAAACUUUCAAAAGACGGUUCAGAAACUCUCAGACAAGCAGGGACACGUCAGAUGGCUCUCCGCCACAAGUUAAAGGAUCUGAAGGAGAAAAGUGAGCCAACAAGCGAGGGUCAGUCCACUGAUGUUCAUAAUCAAUCUGAAGAUAGUCAGACAUCUUUGGUGGCCCCACCACGGAGAAACAAGCAGCCCACGGAGAAAAAGUCUAAAGUUGAAUUCCACCAAAACGUUCCCUCAACCAGCACGCCAACACUGGAUCAGGAUGACUUGUCCGUGUCAUCCAGGUCCAGUGAGCAAACGGAAUCUACUGUUUCUGAAGAAUGCAAAGAUAUUCCAGCACAGAGGAAGUCCAAGAUCCAGGAUGUGUCCCCGGCUCCUCCAUCCCCAAAAAGCGAACUCGAAUCCAAAAGGACCUUGGACCAGGAGAAAGAUGAAGCUGUUUUGGAACAGAGUAAGCUUCUAGCACCAAAACGAAAGGCAAAGCCUGCAGAGUCUCCUGACCUCAACGAGGUAGCACAGGACAAAGAUGGAACCGAAGGGCUUCACGGUGCCACCGCUGUGGAUCCGUUCUCUGCCAGUUCUGCAGAAGCCAGCCAGGAACCUUCUUUAACUCCUGAAGAAUUCACAGGAGUAUCUGCUGCACCUGUUGUGGAAGCAAAGGUUACACCACCUAAAAGAAAGUCCAAGAUCUCCCCACAAGCGCCUUUGAAUGAGGAGCCAACUGUGACAGAAGAAGAGUCCCAUGUGGAACCCAAAGAGGAAAAGCUGACGGACAACAAAGAACUUGGAGUCUGUGAUGAUUCUAACCUCCAAGAAGCAGGAAAGGACUCGGAAAGUGGGGAAGCGUCUUUAGUUACGCAACUGGUGACGGGAAUCAUUGAGUCCGCCAUGAAAGACAUGGCUUUGCCUUGGAAGAAAGAUCAGCCAGAACUGGAAACUAGGAAAACUUCCCAAGAUGUCACAGGAAUUCCCGAAGUUGUUAUCUCGGAGGAAGCGAGGAUCGUCCCACCCAAAAGAAAGUCAAAGAGUUCCAAGAUUUCUCCAGAACUUCCUAAAAGAGAGGAGCAAUUUUUGAGAGAAGAAGAAUUCCAUCUGGAACACAAAGAGGAAGAGCUUCUCCAAGACGAACCAUUUGGUUCCUGUGACAAUUCGGAUAAUGGGGAAUCUUCUGUAGUUGCUCGACUGGUCACUGGAAUCAUUGAAGCUGCUAUGAAAGAGGUUGGUUCCCCUUCACAGAACGAUCAGCUGGAACUGGAAAGUAGAAGAACGUCACAAUCGGUCACAGGCGUCCCUGAAGUUCUUAUUCCGGAAGAAGAAAGGAUCACUCCACCCAAACGAAAAUCCAAGGGUUCAAAGAUUUCUCCAGAGCUUCCUAAAAGAGAGGAGCAAAUUUUGACAAAAGAAGAAUUCCAUCUGGAACACAAAGAGGAACAACUUCCAGAAGACAGAGAACUUAGUGCCUGUGAUGAUUCGGGUGAUGGUUCAAACCCCCCAAAAGAGAGAAAAGACUCUGAAAGUGAAAGUGGAGAAGCUUCUGCAGUUGCUCAUCUCGUCACAGGAAUCAUUGAAGCUGCUCUGGAAGACGUUGGUUUACCUUCACGGAACCAUCCAAUGGAACUGGACAGUAGACAAUCUUCCUCAGUUCCAGAUGUCUCAGGAAUCCCUGAAGUUGUUGCGGAGGAAGGGAAAUUCCUUCCACCUGCAAGAAAGUCAAAGGACAUGAAACUUCCACCUAAGCUUCCAUCCGGAGAGGUCACGGUGUCCACUAGAGAUGAAAGUCACGACUAUGGCAGUGGAGAAACAUCUCCAGAAGCACCUGCAGUCACAACAACACUGGAGACUGCUGCUGUAGAUGAAAGAAUCACCUCACCACCCAAAAGAACUUCCCAGACAUCAACAGCUUCUCCAGAACCUCCUAAAAACACAGAAGAAGAACCUGAACGCCAGAGACCUUGUUCCAUUGCAGUUUCUGAAGAAUGUAAACUGAAAGAAGAAGCAGAAACUGAAGAGAAGUCUUCUGAUUCUGCUGAGGACUCUGAGGUCCUGCCCAUUGAAAGAAAAGCAAAAGGUCCAGAUGUUUCCACAAAGUCGGAUUCAGCUGUGGAUGAAGAAAGUGACUUGCAGCCGAAAGAGAGUCAGCAACAAGCAGAUGCUGUGGGAACAGCAAGAACAUCUGAAGACGCCGUAGUGGAAAAGAUCACACCACCAAAAAGAAAAGCGAAGAGUGGGAAGGUUUCAUCAGAAACUCCUAAACUUCCCACCAGGAGAAAGUCCAAAAAUCAUGAAGUUCCCACAGUGUCCAUAGAGCCGCUUAUUGUUAUCGGUGAAGGUACGGAGCCCAACACUGAAGGUUCAAGACGAAGCCCAGGUGACCCAGAGCGUAAACCCGAUGUUUUGGAGGACAGAAAGCCCUCCCCCCCCAUAAGAAGGACCAAGAGCUUGCAGACUUGUCCAGAACCUGCGAAAGGGGACGAUCCAAAUGUUGAAGAAGAGGACAAACGUCCAGAUACUGAAGAAGUAGCAACACAUGACAUACAUGAUGCCAUCAAGAGCCUGCCAGAAGAUAAGGCUACCCCUGACGUCCAAGUGAAGACCAAGCCGGAUGAGACCACGCCUACCAUGCAUGCAACUACAGCUGACAGUGAUGUCACUAAACUUCCUGUUCUUCCACAUGUGGAUGAAACGUCUCCAGAAACGAUCUCAGCUGAAGAAACCAUGACUCCGAUGCAAACUGUCAUUGAGCUGGAACUGUUGGAAAGACCUGAAGAAGUGAAGGAAGGUCAUGUCCAGGUAUGGGUCUGCAACACUGAUGCCACCAUGAGCUUGGAAAAACCAUCAGUAUUGUUAGAAAGAAUCCCAGCGAGGGCUGGUGGAGACACCUUCAGAGUAAAUAUCCAGGCUCAAGGAGAUGAUGGACAACUAGAUGAACAGCAAACGCUCCAAACGCUCCAAACGCUCCAAACGCUCCAAACGCUCCAAAGUGAGCCCGGUGGAUCCAGCUCUGUGAUUUUGACGACACUUGAGCCAAAUGAAACGGAAGUGAUAGAAAUAAUAUUAUGUGAGGAGGUCGUGGAAAAGAACCUCCAGAUGGACGGUCAGGUGGAAGCUCUGGAAAGCAGCCAGGAGGGAAAUACUGAGACAGUGGAGCAAACAUCUGCCAUAUCUCCAAACUGUAUGCAAGAUGCGGCCAUGAUGAUUGACAUAGGACCCAAAGUGCAUGUUUUACACGUGGAUAUAACAACGUGUCAAGAAGAACGGGACAACAGGCUGGAAACAGAACCCACACCAGAAAUAGUCCAAAGUCAUGUUCAGGGUGAGAGGCUGCCAGAAGACAAAGACACCUCCAUCCAGGAUCUACACAACACAGCGGUUCAGGAGGUACCAGGACGGCCAUCUGCUCAGCUCCUCAGUGACGUGUCAGCAGAGACAGAAGUAUUGACGAGCACUGGAGGAGGCACCAAAGACGUCUUGGCUGAAGGAUCUUCAAGUAGUGAUGGUGAGAAGGCUUCAAAGGACACAACUGAUGAUCAGGAGAAAGACAAACCUCCAAGAGAAACGUCACCAGAGGAAGAAGAAACCAGCACUGAGGUGCAUGACGUCGAGACCCAACGUGAAGCAGCUAGUCCGAGUUCCGCUGCUUUUCAGCCAGUUCACCCACUGGAAAGUGGAGGUGGGAAGGAAGAGACCGAGUGGACUGAAAAUGGAGAUCAGUCACAACUAGGUGCUGAAACCCAAAUACCUGUCCCACAAGAGAAGGAGUCUAGGCAGGACUCUGGUGUCCAGGCUGGUACAGUAAACCAUGGAGAGGCUGCCGGUGGUCUUCAGCCUGGACAAGAGAAGGAGUCUGGGCAGGACUCGGGUGUCCAGGCUGGUACAGUAAACAAUGGAGAGGCUGCUGGUGGUCUUCAGCCUGGACAAGAGAAGGAGUCUGGGCAGGACUCGGGUGUCCAGGCUGGUACAGUAAACAAUGAUGAGGCUGCCGGUGGUCUUCAGCCUGGACAAGAGAAGGAGUCUGGGCAGGACUCGGGUGUCCAGGCUGGUACAGUAAACAAUGAUGAGGCUGCCGGUGGUCUUCAGCCUGGACAAGAGAAGGAGUCUGGGCAGGACUCGGGUGUCCAGGCUGGUACAGUAAACAAUGGAGAGGCUGCCGGUGGUCUUCAGCCUGGACAAGAGAAGGAGUCUGGGCAGGACUCGGGUGUCCAGGCUGGUACAGUAAACAAUGAUGAGGCUGCCGGUGGUCUUCAGCCUGGACAAGAGAAGGAGUCUGGGCAGGACUCGGGUGUCCAGGCUGGUACAGUAAACAAUGGAGAGGCUGCCGGUGGUCUUCAGCCUAUGAGGUCAGCAAUUAAAAGGACAGAAACGGAAGUUUCAGAGUUGGCUGACACUCAUUCCCACCCUCAUCCCGACACGGAAAAAGCGGUCAGUGCAACAACAGAAGAAGCUGAUGAUAUGACCACUAGUAGAAGACCAAAGGAACACGGGAAGGUAGACACGACAACAAGCACCUCUGAGCAGAAGGUUGUCAAAUUCGAUCCUAAUGAACCAGAAACAUCUCUGAUGACGGACAUCUUCUCAGCCAUAAAGAUGACCACCAACACAGGACUUCUGAAUGAGGCUGGAGCAUGUGAAGAUUCCGUGGCAGAUCUCCUGACCUCCAGCGGUGACCUGGCCGAUCACCAUUGCAGGCUAUUGUCAAAACUUCUGAGCUGUAAGAACCAUCCUUCUGAGCUGCAGCCAACAGCCAUGACCCAGCAGGUGAAUGUGGCCCAGGAAUGUCAGGACAUGGCCCAGGACCAGACGUUACGUCUGUGCCGGCGGAGAGAAGCAGAUGAGGAGAACUCAGAUACUUUGAAGUUCAUGGAGGACCAGUGGAGCGCCGUUGCUCAGGAUGCAGCCGUCGUGGUCCAGAACAAAGUGGCCCAUCUGGAACUGGUGCAGAGCUUCCGUCAUCAGACUGAAGAAGCCAGGACUACACUGGGAAGACUGGCAACUGAACUGGAUGCUGUAGGAAUGUCCCCGGCAGAGAGCAGCCAAACGGAGGCAGAUCGGCUGAAGUCCUUAAAGAGGGACAUGGAGGAAAACAGGAGCGUCCUUGGGAAGUUGGAUGGGAUCCACACCAAGCUCCAUCCUCUUCUUAGCCGCUCCCAUCAAGCAAGUGCAAAUGAUCAGCUUCAGACUCUCCACCAGGAAUGGAGAGACCUGGAGAGACUUGUGGAGAAGGCCUUGCAUCACACGGACGUCCGCUACCAGAACGCCAGCAGCCUUCUGCUGGAGCUGUCGUACCUGCGGGGACACCUCGAGUCCAUCAGUGAAGACCUGGAGGCCAAACAUCCACAAGUGUGCCAGUGGGAUUACAAGAAGGCUCAGAGGUUGAUGAUGGCACAAGCCGAGGUUGAAGCUGCUCAGGUGAAAUAUGAGGACUUGAGAGAGAGGUUGCAGGCUCUACUCCCCAGCUUAUGGCCAGAAGAAACAGCAGAGAUAAAGAAAGGUCUGCUGAACGUCAAAGACCAACUUUGUCUCACAGAAGAGUGGCUAUCUUCUCAAAUUCACAAGUGCAGUAAUCCCAUCAUGGAGAAGGUCAUGGCGGUGGCGAGCGGCGGCUUCUCCUGGGCUAAGCAGAUCUUGAGUGAUCUUGAAGGCAGACGAAGGAGGUUGUCUCUGCAACCCGAGGUGGUCCACCAGCAGCUCAGGGAUCUGAAAAAGCUGCAGUCUGAGGUGGCAGUCAAGCAGAGCCAACUAAAGUCACAGGCCAAGGAGAUAAGAGGGUAUCUGCCACAGCUGGACCCGGCGGAGGAGAUCCCUGUGGUGCAUUCGUUGCUGGAAUCUCUGGAAGAACUUUCAACGUCAAUCACUGAGAAGAUAGCCAAGGCCAUGAAGGACACAGAAUCCGGUCUGCAGGUCAGGGAAAAGUUGUGGGAACAGAUUGCAGAUCUGGACACCUGGGUUGGGACACAUCUGCAGAAAGAGACAGUGAAGAACGUAGGGGGGAACUUGACGUGUCCUGCUGAAAGUGACCACCGUGAGAUCCAAGAGACGCUGACUGAGGCUGAGAAGCAGUCUGCUGCCUGCAAGGCUCUUUUCAUAAAGAGUAGCGACAUGGCCGCUGAGCUAAGCAUCAAAGAGGAUUGCCAGCUUUUUGACAAGCUUAUGGACCUCCAGGAAGACAUCUACACGAUUAGCAGAUACCAUACCUUCAACAAAAAUGAGCUGGAUGAACAUGUGAGAUCUUUAGAAUCAAGCAAGCAACAGCUCGCCACAAUUGAAGAAAGCCUCAGGCAGAUGCGAGUAGACCUGGGAAGUCUAAGGUUCCCUGUCACAGAAGAAUCCCUCCUAGUUUUGGAACCGUACAAGCAAAGGCUUUUGGAGCACAAGUCACAGGUUGACACCAUCUACUCCUGGAUUCCAGAAGAAAAGAGCAUGGAACUCCACGCAGUCACUGCUGAAAUCCACAACAAAAUGACCCGUCUGCAAACGAAGGCCAGCGAUCAUGAGAGGUACCUCAACAUGAGGCAAUGUCUGGAAGACCUAAAAGAGGCGGUUGAGGAACAGGUCAACCAAACCAGAGAAGAUGGCACAGACGUGGUGGAGAAGUACAAGAUCUGUCAGAAGCUCCUUUUCCAGUUCCCUCUGAUAAGAAAGCUAUGUGACGAUGUUGGAUCUAACCUCCAGAUGAUCUUGGCUGACCUUCACCCUUCACAGCUGAGCUCAGAGCAGCAUAGACUUCAAGAAAAUGAGCAGAGCUUCAAAGACCUGGAGAUGAAAACCCUGAACAACCUCAGCCUCAUUGAGUGGUGUCUGCUGAAGGAAGUGGAUCUGGACUCAGAGAGGAAAGCCACUCAGGCCUUCCUGUGGGAUGCCCAUCAAGAACUCCAAACCCCCCCACGGAUGGAGCCGCACCAGAGAUCCAUGAAUGAGGAAUACCAGAAGAUAAUGUCUUUGAAAACGACUGUUGAGUCGAGAAUAAGAGCCUUGGAUCUUCUAGAGCAGAACCAAGAAAACAAAGAAGGACCAAGCUCCUCAGAUCUUGAAGACUUGAAGAAUGAAGUUCUACGUGAAUGUGACUCACAAAUGGAUCAUAUCUCCGAUGCAAUGAUAUCUCUGAGAAAGUACACACGUACCGUAAAACAAGCACUUCAGUUCCUGAGGAACACUGAAGCCUCUCUGCUACCCAUUCUCGGCUCAACUGGAGUCUGCCAUGAAAAGCUGGAGGACACCCAGAAGAUCUUGGCCUCCCUGGAAGACCACGCCCAGACUUACAUGAACCAGCUGAAGGAUGAACCUGCUCCACAUCCUUACCUGUCCCCUGUGGAGGUGGAGCAACUCCAAGAGGCUGUGCUGAGCCAGUUCCUGGUCCGGAUGUCCACACUGAAGGCCAGGGGCUACCUACAUUUGGAGAAUCUUACCAGCUGUGCGGAAACGUACAGAAAUGACGGCAAAUGGAGUGACAACAUCAGCCUGCGUUUGAGGAAGGCGGAGGGGGGCCUUGCUGAGGUGGUCUCCCAUAAGGUCACGUCCCCGGCUGAGUGCAGUGAGCAGCUAGCAAAGGUUGCGGCUCUGCAGGAGGAGCUGGAUUGUCUGCAGAAGCAUCUGGAGGAGGUGGUGGAGUGGUGUCCGGAGCAGAGUUGCCGCGGACACCGGGAAACCUCAACGGCGGCCGCAUGGAGAUGCAUUGCGAGACUGAGGCACGGCUGUCAGCAGCUGACUUCAAGACUCAACCAACAGAUUGCAGAAUGGCGUGACAUCACCCGCAGGGUGGAGAAGGCAUCUGAUCUACUCCAGCAAGUGGAGGUGGAGCUCCCGGAGCCCGCCCCGUUGACUGCAUCUACCGAUGAGCUUCAUGAUCUGCAGCAGUCCUGGGACCAAUACCAGGACAGGCUGGACUGUGAGCACCGCGCCCUCUCUGCCCUUGAACUACGCAUUGCCAGGCUGCUGGCUGUCCCCGCCCACGUGGAACAGGCUCCACCCACUCCACUCUGCCAGCAGCUGCAAGCCAUGCAGGCCAGGUACAACAGCGUGAAGCAGAGGAGCCUCAAGGGUUUGGAGUCCAUCACGCUGGAGCUGGAAGAGAAAGAAAGAGUGCAGGAGGAGCUGCAGGUCGUCUGGGUCUGGUUGACAGCCGCUGACAGUCUUCUGUUGGAGAUGGAUCCAAGCAGCAACAAAGCACAGCUGAAGGAGAUUCACAGCCAGCUGUGCAUCCAGAAGGCUAUGGUCCAUCGUAUCACGGAAGGCCUCAAGACAAAGUACUUCCAGGUGGUCCCCGUGGAGAUCGAUGGCCAACUGCAGGAGAUCCAAAAAACUCUGCAACAAGUCGAAGUUAAGGUAGAAGAAGCUAUAGAACAAAGCGGCCUUGUGAACACAAUUGGUGCAAAGUUGCUGGAGACUCAUGCUGCCCUGACGUCAGUGCAGGAGACGCUGGAAGUGAGAAGUUCCACUGUGAAGGAUGCAAAGCUUGCUCAGAAGCUGCUGUGGGACGAGUUGGACAGAUGGCACAAGUGUGUGGCGGCACUGGAAGCCGACAUGCGAGACCUGGAGCAUCCACAGGAGGCGCUGUCCCUCACAGAGAGGCUGAUGGAGGUGCAGGAGCUCCACGCUCAGCUGGCCAAACGGGCGGAGCAAAGGACAACCCUCCUCAGCAAGAUGCAAACGUGCCUUCAGGAGCAUCAGGAAAUGAUUGACAGCUCCAAGAGUUGGAUGGCGGAGGCUAAGUCGUGGCUCGCCGCUCCCCGCACGUACACCACGGCCAAGUGUCUGAGCGAUCACGUCCAAGAUCUGCAGACGGUCUUGAAGGACUCAGCACAGAUCCGAACCACCUUGCAGGGUUUCAGUUCAGUCCUGGAGGACAUGUCUCAGGUGGUGGAUGUCUCGGCGCUCCGGGAAGAACUCAUCCAAGCCGACUGCCAAGUAGCCGCCGUUGAAGAUAGCUUUGCCGCUCCUUUGUCUCGACUGGAGCGUGCCGCUGCCGAGGUGGACGUGAUCGAGAGCGAGGUCAGGAAGAUGGAGAGUAACGUUGCGGAGAUCAAGACUAUUUUAUCUUCUCCAGAGACGCUGCCCAGCCCCAAAGAGAAACGUUUGAAGAUGGUGGAGCAGAGGAUCCAGACCAUGAGGAGCAGCAUCGCCGACAUUCAGAAAUCCAAACUGGAACUCCAUCUUCCGGAGAAGGCAGAGGAGACACUGAGUGUCUUCGUCGUCAUUGAUCAGCUGCAAAUGUUGCUGCUGGAGCUGGAGAAGAAAGUCCCGGCUCUCUUCAUCCAGCAGCUUCCCGCACAAGUCCCUCAGAGCACAUCCCAAGCAGGACCGCUCAAGUCCAGCUCCGAGGAAGCUGAGGAGGAAGCCGGACACGGCCGGAUCACGAUUGCUCACGUUGAGGAUGACGUGCUGCGACGUUCCGGAGCUGCGUUGAUGAGGGUGGAAAGAGCGACGCCCGAGCAGAGACGGUCAGGGCCAACCGACAGUCCGACGCGACAAGGGCACGGCGGUGGCGGCGAGGCGCUCCCUGCUGAGGAGGCCUGGCAGGAAGUGGGAGGGCAGGAGCAGAGAGUGAAGGGAGGUGGAGGAGGUGCUUUGUGGUGGCUCUGGGAUGCUUUCCUGGGUGGUUCUUCUGAGGAAGCCCCUGAAAAGAGCCAAGCUUCCAGGGAAGAAAGCGCCGAGAGAGAGUCGCUACAUGACACACAGGAUGUGUGUGAUGGUGCCACAGACCAGAGUUCUUCAGAGGAUCUAUCGGAGCCGCGAGACGCAGAUGCCAGAAGCCAGGACCCCCGUGAGAGCAUGGUAAACACGUCCUCCUCCACCGUAAACGUCUCCAAAGCUCAGCAGAAUCCGAAUCAGAGAUGCGAAAGCGUUGACCUAAUCACAACGUCCACCCUGCCCUCUAUCGGCUCCGCCCACACAGCACGAGGCCUGCCUCCUGGAGAACCAGGAAGUAGGUCCUGUCACGAGUGGGCGGGGCCAACCAGUCUUUGUGUUUUGGCGUCGCCUUUACGUCUCAUGACCGCCCGGCUCGCGUCUUUUGACCUGCGGCAGGUAAAAGCCUGUGUUUGUUUGCAGGGCGGGGGGCCUGCCCCCCCCCGGCUCUGCCCCUCGGAAGGAGCCCUCCACGCGGGCCUGGAGCGUGUUGGUCAGCUGGAGCUGUGGCUGCUCACGGCCCACGCACGUCUGGAGGCGGGCGGGAGACGCGACAUGCAGGACGGCGUGGAGCGACAACUCCUCACCUGCCAGGAGAUGUUCCUGGAGCUGGAGCAGAAGGUGGCCAUUCUCUCCGAGCUGGGCCUGGUGGCCGAGCAGCACCGCGACCGGAUCGAUUCUCCUCCAUCGGGCGCCCCCGAAUCCCAACGGGAGGCGGCUGAGCUCCUAGCGUCCAAACUGGAGGACCUCAAGUCCAACCUGGUGUCCUUCCAGCAGCUGCUGGAGGACAAGCAGGGAGAGGAGAGGAGGCUCACCCUCAAAGAGACACCAGAGAAGGCGGAUCGCCCCCUGGUGGCCAGGCUGAGACACAGCAGCAGCCUUCAGGAGAUGUUCUCCUCUCCGAGGAACAAACUUCUCCGUCAGAGCAGCUUGCAGCAACAGAAGGAGUUGGAGCAGCAGCUCAGCGAGCAGCGAGGUUUGACGCAGGCCAUCGCUAUCGCCGGCGCUCGCCGCCUCAGCCAGGGGCCCCAGGGGCCCCAGGAGCCCCAGGAGCAGGUCCUGCUGUCGCCACGGAGGCGUCCCACUGAGGACGAGGACGGCAGUGCUCGUGAGACGUGGGACGGUCUUCACAGUCGGCUUCUGGCCGUGGAGGAGAGCUGGCUGCUUCCUGGCUCCGAGGUGACAAACUCAUCAGCGACGCGUCGGGAUGGAGCAGCGGGACGCCUGAUUGGCUCUGACAGCCUCCGACAGCUCCAUGCUCACGUCGGACGCCUGCGAGAUCUGGGACGGUGGGCCGAGAGGACGUCCACCCUGGACGCCCCUCAUGGUGCCCUGGAAGAGGACGUCCUUCAUGAGCUGUGGGAGCUGACCAUCUUUCUGACCUCCAUCAACCAUCUUCUCCCCACGACUGGAGUCACGCCUGAAGACCAGGAAGACCAGGAAGACCAGGAAGACCUCCAGACACGAGUCCACUUCCAGGUGGCACAAAAUGAAAGAAUUAGAGACGACCUCGUUGGAGCCUCACGUGCUGAUCUUCUCGUCCAGACGCUGGCCACCGACAUGUCCGCCCUCCACCAUGAGUUGGCCACUCAGGGGGCAAAGGUCAUGGGCGUCCUGGGGUCGGCCUGUGUCCAGCGGUGCGUGGACGCCCUCUGUAGGAUCCUUCCUGCGGUGCAGGCGGCGUUGGUCAGUCGAGAUCAACAACUGGAAAACCAGGAGGAGCAAAAGUCAACGCCACAGGCUGUGACCUUCAUGCAGGAGCAGGCUGACCACGUGGACCCCCUGAUGGGGGCGGAGACACGUCGCCAUGUUCCCUCCUCUCUGGUGGAGCAGGCUGACGACGUGGACCCCCUGAUGGGGGCGGAGACCCGUCACCAUGUUCCCUCCUCUCUGGUGGAGCAGGCUGACGACGUGGACCCCCUGAUGGGGGCGGAGACACGUCGCCACCUUCCCUCCUCUCUGGUGGAGCAGGCGGCCAUGUUGCAGGUGUGCCAUCAGGGCGAGGAGAUGAUGUCGCAUGUCAGAGGAUUCGGCAGCCAUGUUUGCUUGCAGGAAGUGCACGCCGCCCCGUGCGGCAUGAGCCCCCGCGGUGAGGAGGCGCUGAAGCACUGCGAGCGGCUGGUGUGGAGCCUCAGGGAUCUGCUUGCUCUGGCCUCGGAACGCCUGGAUCAGAACCUGCAUCUCCAGAGUAGGACUCGGCUCCAGCAGCAGCUCAGCGCUCACAUGAGGCUCUUCCAGUUUCUGAGCCGACAUUUAGACCGCCUGCAGUUCCUGACCAAGACACUUCCAGAGAGCGCCCUCCAGAAGUGGGAGGCGGUAAUGCGGGACCUUCAGGAGGAGGCGCUCCCGCUCCAGAAGCAGGCCUUGGAGAAAGGGGUCAACAUGGGACGAAUCCUCCAGAUGUGGUCACAGUGGGAGGAGGAAGCCGCCUGGUCCGAGUCCCUGCUGAGGGGUCUGGAGACUUCAUUUCCCAGGAUGCACGUGGGGAGGGAUGCGUCAAAGCUGCUGUGUAUGUACCAGGAGCUCGGUUCCGUUCUGGAAAGGAACGCAGCUCGGCUCGGUCAGAUGUUGGAGGCGGGGCUUACGCUGCAGGGGGCGGGCUGCGUGGCAGUGGGUGUGGCCUGCAGUCGGCUGGAGUCCCGUCGGAGAGGUCUUCAGAAGAGGCUGAAGAUAGACGGUGGCAAAGUGGACAGGAGGAUGAGGCUGAGGAAGAGUUUCGUUUGUGACUCGGCUGCCCUUACGGCCUGGAUGGGCGGGGCCAGGGCAAUGAUUGACAGGUGGAGGCAUCUGGUCAUCUCGGCUGCUGCCGAUGACGCAGAUGGCGAGCGGAGGCGGGACGAGUACGGUGGCUUUGUGACGCUGAGCAAAGAGCUGGAGGACCAACGGCGACUUAAAGCGGUGCUUCUCAGCGCUGGCGCCCAACUGGCUGAGCUGAGCCAAGCUGAUGAAGACUCCGAUGAAGACCCGGAGACCCAGGCGUCCCCGCAGCACGCCUCGGAACCCCAUCCUGAUUAUGUUGGCGCCCAGCUCAGACAACUGGAACAGGACUGGUCUGGUCUGAUGGUGGACUUCCCCGUGGUCCAACAAGCUCUACACAAGUGGUGGAUGGAGAUGUUGAGCCACCAGGAGGCGCUGCUGGAGAUGCUGGUCUUGCUGGAGGAGGUGGAGUUAGGACUGGGAGAGCAACACCACCUGAUGGAACCCGCCUCGUGGACUAGCCUUGAGCUCAAACAGCGUCUCAAGUCCUGUAAGGACUAUCAGGUGGAGAUGUCAGCCCAUCAGGCCACGCUGGACCACGCCAGUCAGCCAUCACAGAGCUGCAGUACCGGGGGUUGCCACUGGGGGCGCUAUGAAGAAAACCAGUUUGCAGAAGAUCAAGGUGGCCUCAACCAUCGCUGGCUCGCUUUGCAGGCGACGCUGAGCUCUCAGACCGACAGGCUGGAGGAGGAGUUGCGGAUCAGGACGGAGCAGGAAGUCGCUCUCCAGCGGAUCGACCGCUGGAUCGCAGAUCAGAAGCUGUGGGUGGAGUCGGCUCGGACCCCCCGCGGCCUGGGAGAGCUUGGGAGGAGCGUAGACACCUGCAAGAACCUGGAGGAGCAGAUCCAAGUGAGAGCUGCGGCUCUGCAGGAGAUGUCCAGCCAACCUGGCAGACAUUUGAGGCGUCAGACGUCUGAGUCCAGCAUGGCCUGCACGGCGCUAGCACAGCAGAAUGAAGCCGUGAAGAGCGGUCUUCUUGAAGCCAGGCGGCUGUGGCUCUCGGCGGACGACAGACUUUGCGGCGUGAGGCUGAGACACGUGACGACCUCGCACAUGUUGGCGUAUCUCCACGGCCCUCGACUCUCCCUGCAGGCCCACAGAGACCUCCUGAACCAGCUGGAGGAUCUCAAUGAGGAGAUGGAGACCUCCGAGGUGGAGUGGGACCAGCUCAAUCAAACCCUCACCGCCCUGGAAGACCUCAUCCAUCCUGCUGCAGCCUCCCUUCUCACCGAGGAGAUGACCCGACAGAGACACAGUUGGAGCAGCGCGUCCGUGGCGUUGGACCAGCGCCUCCAGAGGAGCCGUGACAUCCUGUCAGCGUGGGAUGUCUACGCCCGGAGUGCUGCUGCCUUCUCGCAGCGGGUCAAGACUCUGAAGGGGGACGCCACGCGCAUCCUGGGGGGCGCCAGCAGGCCAGCCAACACGGUCGACGGCAUCACCGAGACCGCACGCCAAGUCCAGACUUUGCGUGAGAGAGCCGAUGCGUUGCAGUUUGACCUGCAGGAGGUGCUGGACUCCUCCAAGGACCUGAUUGGCUGCCUGGAGCCCUCAGCUGCAGCUCUGGUCCAAUCAGAGAGCAGGUUGCUGUCACGUGGGGUCCUGCAGCUGAGCGAGACGCUGGCUGGGAAGCAAGCUGAGCUGAGGGAGGAGCUGGAGACGCUGCAGGAGGUCAGCAGCCUCCUGGACGAGCUGGAGUCCAAACUGGGACGUUGGCUGGUGUGGCUGGAGGACACGCACCGCAGCACGGACCAGUCUGGCUUCCUGGAGCUGAGCGCCCUGACCGCCGACCUGGACGUGCUAAACGAGCUGAGCCACGGCGUCACGCUGGCCGACGAUGCCGCACGCCGCCUGCAGUUGCUCAACUGCCGCUGGAGAGACGCGUCCGCCCGAGCCGAAGAGGCCUGCAGUGAGCUGCAGACGGACGCCUUGAGGCAGCAGACCUUUGAGAAGAAGUGCGAGAGCUGGAUGGCGUUCCUGCAGAGGAUGGAAGAUCAGCUGGCCGUCGACGUGUCGGGGUCGUACGCCGGCCUCAGGCAGCAGCUGUGCACUCACCAGCGAUUCCAGGUGGAGCUGUCCAUCGGCCACCAGAUCCUCCAUUCCGUCAUCUCCGACGCGCUUCGCUUGCUGCAGAGAGGAGAGGUGGACGACAGGAGCGACUUCAUCCUGAAGCUGACCCAGCUGAGGGAGCACUGGCAGGGCGCCGUGCGGCGGGCUGACCAGCGGCGCUCCCUGGUGGAGGGUUUGGUCAGGCAGUGGCACCUUUACCGGCGCAGCCUGAAGAAGCUGCAGCGCUUCCUGUCCGACACUCAGAUCCUGCUGCCGCUGGGCGGGGGCGGGCCCAACCGAUGCAGCCUGCAGCAGCUGCGAUGCUCGCUCCGGGACCUCCAGCACACCGAGCUGCUCUUCCAGAGGUAUCAGUGCAGUUUCAUUCACACCCUGGAGGUGGGCCGCCAGCUCUUCUCCAUGGCUGACGAGGAGACCCAGAGCCAGAUCCAGAUGGACCUGGGAACGCUGCAGGAGGAGUGGGACAACCUCCAAAGUCUGCUGAGCCGCAGGCUGGACCUGGCCCAGACCAUCGUGGAGAACUGGGAGCGCUGCGAGGCAGGACUGGCAGACAAAACACUGCAGCUGAAGGACAUGAAGACCAGACUCAACCAGCUGCUGCCAGAUUGUGACGACCAGCCGCUCGGCAACAAGGAGAACGAGGACUCCCUGGAGGACUGGGCUGAAGGUCUGACAGAUCUGAGCACCAUGAAGACGGACCUGAGCCAGUACAUCAUGGCCGAUGACGUGUUGCUGCUGGAGGAGCAGGUGGAGCACCUGCACUGCCAGUGGGAGGAGCUAUGCCUUAAGGUGUCUCUACGUAAGCAAGAGAUCGCCGAUCGCCUCAACGCUUGGAUCAUCUUCAACGAGAAGAACAAGGAGCUCUGUGAUUGGCUCGCCCACAUGCAGAACCAAGUGGCGCACACCGCCGACCUCAACAUCGAGGAGAUGGUGGAGAAGCUGAAGAAGGACUGCAUGGAGGAAAUCAACCUGUUCAGCGAGAACAAAAGCCAUUUGAAGCAGCUGGGAGAACAACUCAUCAGCGCCAGCAACAAGACCAAGGAGGGCGAGGUCAACGACAAGGUCAACGAUGUCAACGACCGCUGGCAGCAUCUCUUCGACCACAUUGAAGCCAGGUAGGAGGAGAUAAGGAUGAUGAAGGGUGAUGAAGGAUGAUGAAGGAUGAUGAAGGAUGCUGUGUCCCAUUUGACUUG